AUGACUGUUUUGACAAAGGCCGAAGCUGAUUGCCUGCUCGCUGAACUCGACCCGUACGUGGACACCGAGGCGGAGAGGGAAGCUCUCGGUCGGAAGGCAUUUACCAAAUUCGUUACCGAAAUACCAGGGUUUGGCGAAAACUUUUGCACAACCGGAGUUACAGACAUUAAUGAUAUUCUCCAGUCUGACGCCGCAAUAGAGACCGCACUGCAAACAAUUGAAGAGUUUGUAAACCUAAUCAACAUCUCCCCUGACAUUGAGAAGAUGGCCGAAUUUCUGACAGAGUACGCCGAAACAAAAGCUAUGAAGCUUAUGUCAAAGGAACUAUACGUGACCGCGGAACCAGUUUUCGUUGAGUUCUACAAAUCAAUUGUGAACAGCGCGGAGAACCAAGAUGCAAUUGAGAGGCUGAUGAGACACGCAUUCGAAACUGUUCGAAACUGUUUGGAUGGAAAUUGA